UCACCUGACUACAGAAACCCAAUUAUAAUCCCUGAGAAGAAAGUGUGAUUACUCUUGGAUUAAAAAAAAAGAACUGGGUCCUGGCCGGUUUGGCUCAGCAGUUAGAGCGUCGGCCUGCGGUCUGGAGAGACCCGGGUUCGGUUCCCGCUAAGGCGUUUACCGUCACAAGGAGAUCUCUGCCCCCUGGGGCUGAGACCCUCAGCCCUUCACCAAGCUGAAGCUGCCGCGUAUUGAGGUACCAGCUAGAUGUCUUCUCACAAAGGACCUGUGGUGGCACAGGGCAUUGGGGCUCCUGCCAAUAACAGGGAGACGGACACAGUGGAGCUGGCUGAACUGGGACCCCUGCUAGAAGAGAAGACCAAACGGGGAAUCGCUGACCCAACCAAAGCUGAAGAAGAGCAAGCAUGCCCAGGGCCCCAGGAGGAGGAGGAGGAGGUCCGGGUGCUGACACUUCCCCUGCAAGCACACCACGCCAUGGAGAAGAUGGAGGAGUUCGUGUACAAGGUCUGGGAGGGACGCUGGAGGGUCAUCCCGUAUGAUGUGCUCCCUGACUGGCUGAAGGACAACGACUACCUGCUGCACGGCCACAGGCCUCCCAUGCCCUCCUUCCGGGCUUGUUUCAAGAGCAUCUUCCGCAUCCACACAGAGACAGGCAACAUCUGGACCCACCUGCUUGGUUUUGUGCUGUUUCUCUUCCUGGGAAUCUUGACCAUGCUCAGACCAAACAUGUACUUCAUGGCCCCCCUGCAGGAGAAGGUGGUUUUUGGGAUGUUCUUUUUGGGUGCAGUGCUCUGCCUGAGCUUCUCCUGGCUCUUUCACACCGUCUACUGUCAUUCAGAGAAAGUCUCUCGGACUUUUUCCAAACUGGACUAUUCAGGGAUCGCUCUGCUGAUUAUGGGGAGCUUUGUGCCCUGGCUCUACUACUCCUUCUACUGUUCCCCGCAGCCGCGGCUCAUCUACCUCUCCAUCAUCUGCGUCCUGGGCAUCUCCGCCAUCAUUGUGGCACAGUGGGAUCGGUUUGCCACUCCUAAACACCGGCAGACACGGGCAGGGGGUCAGAGUCUUGGGAACUUAAGUCUUUAUGCUCUUACUGGGAAACUUGUCCACUCCUCUCUGCUUGAAGCCACCGGAAACUUUGCCGUCUGGGUUCUGUACCCAAGUCAGCCCCUGGAAGCUUUGGUCUCAUCUUUGCCCAGCAGUGAUGGAGAGUGGGUGUUCCUGGGCCUUGGCCUGAGCGGCGUCGUGCCUACCAUGCACUUCACUAUCGCCGAGGGCUUUGUCAAGGCCACCACUGUGGGCCAGAUGGGCUGGUUCUUCCUCAUGGCUGUGAUGUACAUCACCGGAGCCGGCCUGUAUGCUGCUCGCAUUCCUGAGCGCUUCUUUCCUGGAAAGUUUGACAUCUGGUUCCAGUCACAUCAAAUUUUUCAUGUCCUGGUGGUGGCAGCAGCCUUCGUCCACUUCUAUGGGGUCUCCAACCUUCAGGAAUUCCGCUACGGCUUGGAAGGCGGCUGUACUGAUGACUCCCUUCUCUGAGCCUCCCGCCUGAGGCUGGAAGGGGAACUUCCCAAGUGCUUUCAAAAAUAACUUCUUUGCUGAAGUGAGAGGAAGCGUCUGAGUUGUCUGUUUCUAGAAGAAACCUCUCGGAGAACUCAGUGCCGGCCUGGCUUCAGCCCACUUUCCCACCUCAGGGUGGGGGAUGAACUCUCCACAUCCCUCACCGAGGAAGGGGGGUCCGCUUGGCCAUGCCCCUCCUCAGCAGCCCUUCCUCAGCAAGGCAGCUCUGUCCCCUUGGCACAGAGUACUUUGAAGCUCAUGUUGAGAUUUUACCCUCCUCCAACCAUUUUGGGAAAAAAUGAUAGACUGGGACUCUUCAGAAAUUCUGUUUCUGGAAGAAAAUGUCCCUCCCUUACCCCCGUCCUUACUUUGUAACCUGGCUUAGAACAGGCCGUACAUUUUGUAGCACACUUUUCAGAAACAAUGGUAACCCAGGCCCAUGCUCUGAGGCCUGGACCCACUGACAGCAGGAGGACAGUCACCAACUGGGACGUAGCUGGCCAAUCAUGGAAGUGUGUCCAGGCUUCAGACAGCCUGAGUUUUAAUUUUUUUCUUGGCAGAGUAAUGUAAAAUUAAAAUGGGGAAAGAUAUUUAAUAUUUAAUACUAAGCUUUAAAAAGAAGUCUGCUAUCAUUGCUAUGUAUCCUGAUGCAAAGGCUGUGGCGAUAAUAAAAGGAAGUACAGAAGACAA